AUGAGGGGCACGCUGCUGGCGCUGGGCUGCCUUGCCCUGCUGCUGCUGGCCCGGGAAGGGGAAGGGGACAAGGUGAGGCUCUGUGGGAGAGAUUUCAUCAGAGCCGUGGUGUUCACCUGCGGCGGCUCGCGCUGGAGGAGGCACCGCGACCUGCGGGAGGGUGCAGACCCCCAGCGUUUCCUGCGUGAGGAUGAGGGUGAUGCUGACUUCUCCUCACCCCCAGAGCCGAGGCUGGGGAUCCACAGAGAGCCCCUGGACGUCAAACCUGAGCAACAAUUCCAGACCAGCAGCAAAGUUUCUGUGCUCAACAGGCGCGAGGAGGCCGAGCUGCUGGCCACGUCCUGCUGCAACGUGGGCUGCAGCAGGACAGAGAUCAGCUCCCUGUGCUGA